AGAAAAUCUAAAGAGUAUUGCAAAGAUGGUUAGUGAUGGAGAUUUACCGAAUGUUGCUCAACUUUCUUUGAAGGCUCCGGUUUAUCCACCUGGUUGUCGGUUUCUUCCAACCGAGUUGGGUUUGGUAAGGGUUCAUCUUCGAAACAAGGUCACCAUGAACAACAACGGUUUCAUAACAACUCUGAACGUCUACACCGACGAGCCGUGGCUUCUUAAUCACGUUAACAACAAUUUGUUCAAGAGAAACGAGUGGUACUACUUUAGUCCGAGGAACAGAACAGGUGUCAAGAGUGUUAACCGGACCGUACCGGGAACAGGAGAAGGCGAAGGCGGCAGAUGGAAAAGGACUAGUGGUCAAGAGGCAAUCAUGGAUAAAAACAACAAGGUGGAGGGUUACAAGGAGAGUUUCGUGUACUACAAGAAAGUGAAGGGAAAGGAGGAGAAGACUGGUUGGGUCAUGACAGAAUAUUCCCUUCAUGAGGGUGUUCAUGACGAUUUGGUCUUGUGUUAUAUACGAGGAAAGAUUGAGAAGAAAGCAGAACUCAAGCAGGUUCCUAACAGAGGCGGAGGCAAUGAGUGACUAGUGGUCAGACCCACUUUUUUUUUUCAUAUACUUGUUUUUGUUUAAUUUUUUUUUUAUUGACAACAUUUAAAACAAAAUUUAAAAAGUAUGAUCCCAC